AUGCGAUGUGUUCAAAGGGAAAUGGGUCAAAGACGGGUCAACGCGGCCGUUUUACGGUUUGAUGCGAAGAUGAUGCUUGAGAGCUUAAGAGGGAAGAAAAUGAUGUUUGUCGGAGAUUCGUUGAACAGAGGAAUGUAUGUUUCUCUCAUCUGUCUUCUUCAUUCACAAAUCCCACAAAAUUCCAAAUCUAUGGAUACAAUUGGAUCCCUCACCGUCUUCUCUCUCAAGGAUUAUAAUGCAACGAUCGAGUUCUAUUGGGCGCCGUUUCUUUUAGAAUCGAAUUCGGAUAACGCUACUGUCCAUAGAGUAUCAGAUCGGAUUGUGAGGAAAGACUCGAUCAACAAACACGGUAGGCAUUGGCGGGGCGCUGAUAUAGUCGUUUUCAACACUUACUUGUGGUGGAGGACUGGCUUCAAGAUGAAGAUCUUGGAAGGUUCGUUCAAGGAUGAGAAUAAGAGAAUCGUUGAGAUGGAGAGCGAAGAUGCUUAUCGGAUGGCGCUGAAGACUAUGAAAAAAUGGGUCAAGAAGAACAUGGAUCCAUUGAAGACAAGGGUUUUCUUUGCUACUAUGUCCCCUACUCAUUACAAGAGCGAGGAUUGGGGAGGCGAGAAAGGUAAGAAUUGUUACAAUCAAACGACACCGAUACAAGACACGGACCAUUGGCCUUCGGACUGCAGCAAAACGUUAAUGAAAGUGAUUGGGGAAGAGCUAGACGGGAGAGGGGAAUUUCCGGUAACGGUACUGAAUAUCACACAACUCUCGGGUUACCGGAAAGAUGCCCACACAUCGAUAUACAAGAAGCAAUGGAGCCCAUUGACGAAAGAGCAGCUAGCAAAUCCAGCCAGUUACUCAGACUGUAUACAUUGGUGCUUGCCUGGUCUUCAAGAUACUUGGAACGAGCUUUUCUUUGCUAAAUUAUUCUAUCCAUGA